GCGGUAGUUUCAGUUCCUGUUUCAUAGAAACUGGAGAUAGGCCACUGUCUUUAUGUACGCUUCCCUACCAUCCUUUGAAUGCUAACAUUUUAUCGACUGACAUGGCAGUGUGCCGGCCUGUCACCGUGGCCAAAGAGGUGUCGCUGUCUGGCAAGAUUAAGAGAUUCUCCGAAAAUGAACGGCAACUGUUAAAAAAGACCCUACAGUCUCACGGGUGGCAGUCCCUCUCCAAGGACUUCAGGAUCCACACAUACACAGACGUCAGGAGGGAGCACCUUGCGGGUCUUGUCGGCGACUUGGACGAUGCCUGUCUUGAAUUGAAAGAAGACGUUAAUGCUCGGCUUGAGCUAGUGAAGAGGAUGUGCUGUAACGGAGAAGUGCACGUGUACAAGGGAGGCAGCCAUGAGGGGUCUAAACGUCUCUUCUACAGGUACUACCUGUUCAUACGAGCCAACACUACUGGAACAUACGACGUGUUUCUGGCUAGCCUGUGUCGCAAGGAGGAGGAGCUAGGACUUUUCGGACUGCUUUGGAAUGCCAUUGGCUUCGUCCUGUUCCCCCAACACAUGCUGUAUCAGAUAGUACAGGACCAGCUGGUCUCACAGAUCCUCGCUAGGUGCAUCGUCGUUGCAGAUGACGAGGACAUGUCCGCAACCUCCAAGGCACUUUUGGCGUGGUCACUGUCGCGAGGCGCAGUCCCAAAAGGCCUCGAAGAUAAAAUCAUCGAGUUCGAGUUUGUGGAGGACCUCAUUGAUAAGGGCUUUCUUGUUCCUAACGGAGACGGCUCACAGAUGACUCUGAAUUUUGUGCAGUGAAAAUAUCGGGCUCAUACGAGAAGAAGAAAGUGAACGUUUUUGAAACCCAAACACUAUUCACGUUAGGUAGACCAUUCCUGUCACGUAGUGGGUCAAACUAACGAUAUCAAUAUUGGAAU